AUGUCCGGCGAGCACCCCACGUUUGCCAUCCCCGAGCUCCGAGCCUACAGAUGGAGCUCCAGCGAUACUGAUGAAUUCGACUUCAGCGAGGCGGUUGACAUGCCCGAAAUGCCUGUUGUCGAGGCUCACAACUCCCCCAUCGCACUGAAGGAGAUUCCCAACGACGAGAAGCUCACCGGCGUCGAGAAUUACGAGGUGUGGAAGGCCACCAUGACUCUGAAUCUCCAGGUGCUUGGCCUCAAGGAGCACUAUGACGGCACUGUCCGACGCCCCGCCCCUGGCCAUCCCGACGAGGGAAAGUUUGACGACGACCAAGCCAAGACCCUGUGCUACAUCUGGGGCGGUCUCUCUCUCCAGAUGAGGCAGACGCUUGUGCGCUCCGGCUGGACUGCCAAAUCCACGCCCCAGCAGACCUUGUACGCCAUCUUCAAGGAGGUCUCUGCGCCCGCCAUGGUUCAAACUCCUCUCACCCCCGACGAGGAAAGCGACCCCGCUGCCAGGCGUCAGCGAGCCUUAGAGGCGGAGAACUUCUGCCUCCGCGCCAGGCAGGAAAAGCUUCGGGCUGUUAUUGACAUCAUCAGGGAGCUUAUCGAGGAACAAGCCCCCCAUCUUUAUGAGACCGUCACCGACAUUGAGGACUAUAUCCUUGUCGGCGAGAGCCAGAUCUACGUCCCUACCAUGGAGGAUUACAUGUAG